AUGAAGGUUACUGGAAUAGGAAGGACGGUCCAAAGCAAAAAUUGUCUUCAAAGGGGUCAUAACAAGGCAUCCUGUAAGAAUCCCAAGGUCACACUAGAACCCAAACCCAAGAAAAAAAUGGGUAUACCAAGAUUGGAUCCUGAUAUCAGUCAUUGGACUAGAGGUAGUGUAAGAGGUGGUGUCAGAGGUAGUAAAGGUGGUGCAAGGGGUAGUAGAGGUGGUAUAGGGGGUAAGAGAGGUGGUGCAAUGGGUAACACAGGUGGUGCAAAGGGUAACAAAGGUGGUAAAAGAGGUGGUAGGGGUAGUAAAAGAGGUGGUAGUGGCAGUAAGACAUCUGUUGGAAUUGAAGGUGGUGGAGUGGCCGAAGUUGAAGGUGGUGGAGGUGAAAAUAAGGAUGACACUAAUCCUGAAAAAUAUUUAGUCAAUUUAUGGAAGGCAAUGCAAGAUUUGAAACUAUCAGGGUAUUCAAUUGAAGAAAUUAAAAAUACACAUAGUCUGACAGAUUCACAUAUGAAACAGCUCAAUGAUUACAAUGACACUAUUAAACAAGUUCUUCCUAUGUCUAUGGAAGAGGAGUAUCCACCUCAAACUGAGAAACAAGAUGGGGCUGAAGAAAUUAACCCUGAGACACAACCAGAAAGUGAAGAAGAUGGGAUGUGUUGGGACUUCUGCAAAUUCAGCAUUGGAGUUGGAUUAGGGUGUUAG